CAAUCCUCACAAUUCAUUCACACAGCAUAUCCUCGCACAGCCCAUUAGCCUCUGAGAGAGAGAGAGAGAAAGUGAGAGAGGAGAAAAAUGGAGAGGUUUCCAGUGAUUGACUUGGGAAAGAUGAUCAACACUCAAGAGAGAGGAACCACCAUGGAAGCAAUAAAAGAUGCCUGUGAGAACUGGGGUUUCUUUGAGCUGCUGAACCAUGGGAUUUCUGCUGAGCUGAUGGACACAGUGGAGAGGCUGAGCAAAGAGCACUACAAGAAGUGUAUGGAGCAGAGGUUCAAAGAAAUGGUGGCAAGCAAAGGCCUUGAAUCUGCUCAGUCUGAAAUUAAUGACCUAGACUGGGAAAGCACCUUCUUUGUUCGCCAUCUUCCUACCCCUAACAUUUCAGAGAUCCCUGAUCUCCAAGAAGAUUACAGGAGGGCAAUGAAGGAAUUUGCAGCUGAACUGGAGAAGCUGGCCUUGGUGCUUCUUGAUUUGCUGUGUGAGAACCUUGGGCUGGAGAAAGGGUAUCUGAAGAAGGUGUUCUAUGGUACCAAAGGUCCAAAUUUUGGGACCAAAGUUAGCAACUACCCUCCUUGUCCCAAACCAGAUCUGAUCAAAGGUCUGAGAGCUCACACUGAUGCUGGUGGCAUCAUCCUUCUCUUCCAAGAUGACAAGGUCAGUGGAUUGCAGCUCCUCAAGGGCGACCAGUGGAUCGAUGUCCCACCAAUGCGCCACUCCAUCGUCGUCAACCUCGGCGACCAACUCGAGGUUAUAACCAAUGGAAAAUACAAGAGCGUGAUGCACCGUGUGGUUGCCCAAACAAACGGAACCAGAAUGUCCCUAGCUUCAUUCUACAACCCAGGAGAUGAAGCCGUGAUCGCCCCGGCACCGUCGCUGGUGAAGGAAGACGAAGCAAGCCAAGUAUACCCAAAAUUUGUGUUCAAUGAUUACAUGAAGCUCUACUCCGGUCUGAAAUUCCAGGCCAAAGAACCAAGGUUUGAAGCGAUGAAGGCCGUAGCAACUGUGUGAAGAAGAUGAUUACUGAUGAAUUCUAGCAAAUUAAGUUAUGUUUAAUUAUUGGUGUACUAGAACAGCUGUGUCAUGCAUGUGUAGUAUAACACUAUAAAAGUGCUUUUUAUGGUUAUAAUAAGUAUGAAGGUAAAGACGCUAAUAUAGUUUGUGAGUAUGAUGUCAAGUUAGUGAGAUGUACUGUUAAUGAAAAUAACCAGAUCUUGUUACCCACCUUAUAA